CAUUGUUUUUGUUAUCCCUCUUCUCUUCUCUCUCUCUGGUCUUUCUCUCUCUCUCUCUCUCUCUCUUCUCUGUGUGUAUGUAUUAUCUUCCCAACAGGCUCCAAGGCCUGGCAUAUGCGGCUGACCUUUGAACGGCUCUCAGGCGGUUGCAAUCUGCAUCGGUGCAAGCUUUGCGGCAAAGUGGUCACCCACAUACGCAACCAUUACCAUGUGCACUUUCCGGGCCGCUUCGAAUGUCCACUCUGCCGGGCGACCUACACCAGAAGCGAUAACCUGCGCACGCAUUGCAAAUUCAAGCAUCCGAUGUUCAACCCCGACACCAGAAAGUUCGAAAACAUGCUUUCCCCCACGAUGGCGUCGCAAGCGGCUGCGGCGGCAGCAGCCAUUUCGGCAGCGGCUGCCGCCGCAAACAGCAGCUUCAAGCCCGAUUUUUCCACCGCGGCCGCGGUCGCGAACAGCUUCAAGUCGGAGCAGUUCAGCAGCGCGGCGGCAGCGGUUGCCAAUUACGCGCUCGGGACCUUCAAGUCCGACUUCCCUCCCAUUCCGAACUCGUCCGCGGCGGCGGCUGCGGCGGCUGUAGCGGCGGCGGUUGCCGCCUCCGUCUCUCCGGGCAGCGGCAGCGGCAGCGGCGGAGGUGGAGGAGGAGGUGGUGGUGGUGGUAGUGUCGGAAGCGGUGGCAUUGGUAGUAGUAGUCUGGGCGGUGGCGGCGGCAGCGGAAGGAGUAGUAGUGGCGGUGGCAUGAUCGGUAUGCAUUCAGUAGCCGCCGGAGCCGCUGUUGCUGCCGGUGGAGGUGUCGCAGGCAUGAUGUCGACCGGUGCGGGAGUCAAUCGAGGAGGAGAUGGUGGCUGUGGCAGUAUCGGGGGAGAGGUUGGCAGUGUUGGAGGUGGUGGUGGUGGUGGUGGAAGUAGUGUACGGGAUGGUAAUAACGGUGGCGAACUAUCCGACUGAUAUCAAAGCACACGAGCCGGUACUGAACAAUGGGAUGCAAAAGACUACUAUCGAGAUCACGCAGACGAUGACCACGACGAUGACGAUGCCCAACAUCAACCCGUUCGACAAACAGCACCACCACUACCAUCCGACAGGACGACGUCCCAUCACCUUCACAAGCAGCAGCAACAGCAACCCGCAUCGCCUCCCAUUCUGCCUCCCUUACCUUGUCCACUCCCUGGUAGUCGGGAACGGUGCCUCUAUCCGUAUCCGUCGGUUCAGUCUCCGCUGUCGUCACCGCCCUUAUGGCGCCCAGCUCAGCAGCUCGCGAAAGGUACAGCGGCCACUACCGGUACAGAAAGCUCAUCACCGUCCUCCAGAAUGGAUUACGGGCCGGCGGGAGCGGUAUGCUACCCGGGUAGCCGCACUGGCGACAUCAGCUGUGCGGUAGCAGCAACCGCCUGGUGGCAGCGGCACACCAUCAACUACGCUGAUAACAGCAAUAGUCGCUAUCGCAGCAGCAGUGUGGAUGACAGCUCCAAUACUGCCGGCAGCGGUACGAACAGCGGCAUGGCCGCCUCAAAGCGCAACUGUAGCCUAUUUAGCCGCCACAACGCCAGCAGUUGUCUGCUGGAUCGUCGCACUGCUCAGCCGCCGAUCAUUCCACUGUCGACGACCCUAUACGGGUGCCGGUCGCUCUGCUCACCAUGCGGCAGUAGUUGCAGAUGCAGCAGUAGUAGUCGCUCUGCUCUCUCCACUGCUCCGCAUCGGAGCUGCAUUUGGCGGGGUUACAAAUCACUGCCCACAACAACGCGUUCGGACUGGCCGCUAGGACCCCCUUCAGCAUCUACCACCGGACGCGCAGCAAGCGAAAGCACUGAAUGCCGACAAUACCGGCCGCAGCCACCUCAUCUUUCACAUUAUCAACAGCAGCAGCAGCAGCAGCAACGUCAGCAAAAGUACCAGGAACAGCAGCAGCCACGCAGACGGCGACGACGGCAGAUGAAACGCUCCCAAGCGGGCAUGUGUGAGAAGCGCAUUCACGCCUAUCCGACCCAUGGUGCAGCUGCCAACCUCAAUCAGGGCGAGUUGUUGAAAGCCAAUAAUCAAGGAUUCACGAAAGACAGUAACAGUCGUGUAGGCGUCGGCGUUGGCGUCGUCGCUGAUAGUGGUGGAGUUUCUAGUAGUAAUAGUACCCAUCGUACAGGAGGGGGCACUGUCGUCUGUCAGCCGCAGCUCUAGGUUAAGUCGCGCGACAUCUUUGCUCUUGCUUUGGCUCCACUCGUACCUUUUGGCGUGGUUGUGUUCGACGGCUCUGCACCUUGCAUUCCCCCAAUCCCUCCUCUCUCGCCCCCCCCAGCGACAAAGCUACACGAAAGCGCACCCUGAUUAGUAACUGUCACACUAUCUGUGGAUUUGUUGUAGUGGUAUCUCUGCUUCGUCGCUCACACCUGUCGUAUGCGUUUUGAGUGAAUCGUUUGAAUGGCACUCGUUUUGCCGAUAGAGAGGUGUGAACGGUUUGAUACAGCGUAUUAGGAUAUUGACUGUCGGGAUUCGUAUGAGGACACCCUUUCCGCUCUGGCCCCCCUCUUCCCCCCUUGUUGUACAUUUACCAUUACUUACAGUCGUUGAAGUUGAUUGUGUACAGUUUUAUAAGAACGCAGCGUCCUAAGUACAGCUCGUAAGGGAUCGUUUUUCUCUUUCUCUCUAUAUAUUUAUAUAUAUCUCUCUCUAUCUAUCUUUUUAUUUUGUUAUGCUUGUACCUUUCCUUGUGUGUGACCGUACCUUGUUACCACCAACCUGCGCAAUCUCUACGUGCAUUUAACGCCAUACACACUCAUACACAUCUUCUUUAUACCAUAAUACUCUACUCGCAAAAAGCGCAUCACGGCUCCCACUAGCGCUAUGUUUCAGUUACGAUUGUGUUGCAGUAUUUUCUAUUUCCCCCAGAAUUUUUUGUUAGUUUGUAUGGGUACUCAGCAUAAGCAUUUUUUUUUUAUUCCAUUGUUGUUCUACAAGUUGCAAGAUUCGUUUUGCGGAGUUGCGGCACAUAGCCCGGCUGGAAUAGUGACACUUCUCUAUUGCUACACAUAUAUUUUCCCUCUAAACUUAGUCUUUACAAACAAAAAAGCCUCAACGUUCGGUAUAAUUGUUCAUAUGCAUGCGUUGAAAUAAUAAUAGCGGUUUUUUUGUUGUAUUUUCGUUGUUUCCGUUGUACUAGAAAUGUAAUCGAAUUAGUAAAGGGCAAGGAUAAUGAAUUGAAUACGACCCCAGCUGCGAACUUUAAGCUCAACAGAGGGCACAAAUGUGCUUGAUCGGCGUAUUAUGUUGAUGAUGGGCUUUCCAUAUUUAUAAUCCUAAUCCACAUAACACAUCCAGCAUCGAAUGAAAAGGGUAAGGGGAUAAAGGGAGGGGCUUGGGUGCUGUAUACGGGGAAGAGCGUGACAGAAAACUCAGCUGUGUUUGAUCGGUAGUGUUUGUUGAGGUCGAAGUCGAAAAUUUCGGGAAAGCAUGUUCUUUGUUCGUCCUAAAACGGAACAACAACGUAGGUCUGGGGGAAGCACACCUGACAGUGGUACGGUAUCUUUAUCUAGUCACAUAUAGUGAACGUUUCCCGAACCGUGUCUACGAGUUUGUUGACACGCAGUCGUUAGAAUAUUCUACCCAAAACACCCGCCACCGAUUCUCCUAAACAUACACACGUGUACGCGCUCAGAGACAUCAUUGUGUGUGUGUGCACACAGUUCUAUUGAAUCCUGAUUAGUGCUCACGCACACACUCACUAGCUGCCACUCCCUUGUAUCAUAUUGUUUGUAUUUAAUGUCAGCUGCCAACAACGCACUUGGCCGCUAACCGACUCAGUGUGCAAUUAAGCACUCACCUGGUCGAGAACUCACAGCAAAGCAACAGCAGUGCUUGUUGACGUUUUUGGCUAGUAGGAAGAGUGAGUGUGAUAUUAUGUGUGCAAUUUUGAAUGCAUAGUGACCGGGAGCGGGAAUGUCCCAGUAAACCCGACAAUUGUGAACUGUGCUUCUUUUUUUGUUUCGUUAAGUCUUGUUUGUAUUGUUUUGUAUAAUAUUUUGUGUUUCAUUGUUUACGGAGUGACAGAUGCAGUUUUCUUUUUAACUCGCAGAUCAUUAUGAAUAACACAGGUGCUGUUUACAACCCGAAAGUCUCUCAAACACAGACAGAAACGUGAUACAGCGUUUCAUCUUUACAGCACAUUCCCGAACUGGGUAGGCGAGAGAACAAACGCGUGAGAAAAUGAAAGAGAGAGAUAGAGAGAUAGAGAGAAGAGAAAGAAAAAGAGGAAGAGGGAGAUGUAGAGAGUGCAAUUUAAAGAUUAAAUAGAGAGAGACAGAGAGAGACAGAGAGAGACAGAGAGCGACAGAGAGAGAUAGAGAGAGACAGAGAGAGACAGAGAGAGACAGAGAGAGACAGAGAGAGACAGAGAGAGACAGAGAGAGACAGAGAGAGACAGAGAGAGACAGAGAGAGACAGAGAGAGACAGAGAGAGACAGAGAGAGAGAGAGACAUAGAGAGACAUAGAGAGACAUAGAGAGACAGAGAGACAGAGAGAGAAAUUAUAAUUAAAUGCGUAAAAAACUACUAAGCUUCUGACGUUUACACCUUAGUGUACUAGAUUCAGUUACGAUUAGAGGUCAUGCUUAUGGGAAAACGAAAAUGUUUGGUGUUGUUUGGCUCUGCUUUUGGCGACUUUGAGGCUUUUCUGAUCAUGGGCUCAUAAAUUUGACACACAGUUUAUACCAUAUCAUGCAAAAAAAAGCAAAAAUAGUUCAAUUCUUGAAAAUUAUUAAAAUUUAAAAUUACCAACGUUUAUGUUUGUCUGUUUUUUGUGUGCUUACUUUCCGAUAAUUUCACGGACGAUGAAGCUCACUUGGUUGACGAUUUAUUUUUUAUAGCCGUUCAGGCCAAAUACUGUUAGUUCUGGAGUAGUAGUUCUGGAGUAUAAUUCACGGUUCUUGCUAAUUCUUGAGAAGCAAUUGUUCCCCAAAAAGCUUUCAUUUUUCAAUGCGACCCCAUUCACAAGCCAAACCACUCGUCGGAAAGAUACAAACGUUAAGCAAAAGACCUCUUCUGUAGCAUGCAUUUCUUUACUUAAAAAAAAAAACGGGUAGAUAUAUAGGAAGGGAGCGCACCUUCUUUUUUGUGAUCAUAUUUUUCUUCUUCGUAAACAUGUGAUCCGUAAUGGCAUUACUGCAAAACUCUGGCAAAGGUAGUAAGGAGGAGGAGAGAGUUUAAUGAAAAGUGGUGAAUGUGCGGGAGUGGUUAUAGCAACUGGAAGAGUUACUCCAGGGAUGUGUAACUCGGGAAUAGUAGGCAAAGUAAUUAUUUUAUAAAACAAAACAACAACAAAAAUGGUUUUGGUUGGGAAAACAGCGCACACAACUGAAAAUAACCGAUUGCACUAUACUAGGGCUAGUGACGACGGUAACUUCCUUCUGCUUUAAAACUCAGCUACCCUCUCAUUUUCACCUUCUUCUAUUACACUUCGCCUGCAAUUGCUCCCCCCCCCCCCCCCCCCACUGUUCUCUCGGUUAGAGUUGUCAAUCAUGUCGAAGCAUUCCUUGUUGGUAUUCCGAUUAGGGAGCAUAGGUCGAACCUUGGGAUAGUGCGAAGAAUUGCGCAAGUAGCAAGAAACAAAAUGAGACGCUGGCACGAAACAAAGCCUACGUAAGGGACACGGAAAACCAGUAGAAAUGGCCAGAAUAGAAAUGUAAACUGUUUACUAACAAAUAUUGCAAACGCAGCACCAAUGCCAGUUACACGCGAAUGCUUGGAGAAUCACGCGUCCAUACUCCUUCCCAUAGUGCAUAAUAUUUUUUGUUCUAUUUUUGCUCUAGUUUUGUGUACUCUCUGAUUAGUGUGUGUGUGUGUGUGUGUGUGUGUGUCUGUUCGUUUCAUCGACUGUCUGUGUGUGUGUGUGUGAUGAUGAUGAUGAAUGAGUACACCGUUGAAUGAUAUUGUCUGUAAGUAUUCCUUUGCCAUGUAUAUGUAUUUGGAAAGUGUAUGUAUACAUCGAGCGCGCGGAGUAUUUAAGUGUUUAGACCCGACACGCAUACCGACAUCUCAUUACUCGUAGGCCAGGGCGUUUUAAUUUACCAGUAUAUCGAAACCUUCUAAUGAUGUGCAAUAUCAAAUCACAGUUUUUAUGUUAUUUAUGUUGAAUUCUCUGAAUGGAAUUCCCUGAUAUUCCUUUUUUUAUUAUUAAAACGAUUAAUUAAUUAACUAAUUAUGCUUUACCGAUCUACUCAGCCUCUAACCCUCUAAGUGGUGGUUAUCAAAAGAAAAAGAAGAAAAAAGCUUAAAAAAAACCGGCAUCUGAUUGGAAAUUUACCUUACAUUUUCUUUACAUUUGUAAUAGUUAUUGUUUUUUUUUCUGUUUAGGUUUUUAUUCUGUUUAUUUUUUACAAUUUUUACUAAGUACGCGCGAGUUUAUAUCUAUAAAAAAAAAACCAUAUGUAUGAUUAACUUAAAAGUAUAACGUACUACCUCAUUUUGUAUGGUUGUAUUUAAAUGUACAGAACUUAUCGGCGGGGGUACUUUACUUCCCCUUUUUACCUUUACUUGCAUCCUUUAGUUUCCUUUUGUUGAGAGUUUGUUGUUAUUUGUUUGUCGCUAUCUUCUGUUUGUUUCAUUAUUAUUAUUAUUUUUUCUUUAGUCAAUCAUCAAUCUCAGAGAGCUUCUUUAUAUGUCUGUGUAAGCGUGUUUUUUUACACUUUCAUCCCGUCGGUGAAAUCUGUCGUAUUGUUAUUACUUUUACGUUGGUAUGUUUUUGGUUGCUCUUUUUCGUUGAAUUAUUUUUUUUUUAAAUAUAUUGUAUGUUUGAUUAAACCGCUUAACGAUAUUACUUGUGGGAUGCUGCGUCUGGAAGAUUUAUCCCUUGUGAUGAAAGAAAGGGAACGAGGCAACGGUAAAGAAAUUUGGAAGGUCAUUACUUCACGUUUCAAAGGUGCAGCGUAAGAGAGAAACAAAUCUGUAAAAGCAACAAAACAAACGCGAAAAGCUUGUUUUACUAGUCUGUAUUAAUGUUUAGAGUUUACACGAGGCCAAACUGCACAUAACUCACCACCCCUCCCCAAAGCCUCUCCAUUAUUGGCCGGCACUCGAAACAGCAAAGGAAGAGGUAUAGCAAUUGUACUGUGUUCGAUUGGGUAUUGUCUAGCUUAAGAUGAUGGUGCAAGGUCCAGCACAAGCAGUAAAAGAGAAGGAACAGGGAAAAUGAAGCAGCGGGCGCCAAGCUGUCUAAUACUCCAAACUCUUGCAACGUAGUUAAGAUGGUUAUUGUUCUUUUGUUUUGCGGUAUGUUUUUUUUUUUUGUUAUCGCAAACGAACGCCUAAUUUAUUAGCCGCUCCCGAGCAUAGGUUAGAUUGAGUUUAGCAGCACCUCUGAUGAUUACAUUUGGUGCAAAAAAAAGGAACCAGACAAAAGAAAAUCAAGAGUCUGCUAAACGAUAGCGCAAAAAGAAGAAAAUUGAAUACAAUAUUACAAUAAAUACCCUUACAACCGUCAAAGUUAGCUUACUGUUUCAAUUCGAUCAAGAUACCUGCGCCCACAGGUUAGAGUUUGUAGUAGUGUGUACAGUUUUUAUUUGCACAGCAUGAGAUCGCACAAAAGAGAGCGAGAAAGAAAGAGAAAAAGAGCGAGAGGGGGAGGGGAGGAAAAGAGGGGCUUUUUUUUGUUUGUAGCAAGAGUAUUAUGUCUGCUUGGAGUUUUGCUCGAAAAACGUGAAAUUUUAGUAUUGCCACUCAGACAAGGAUGCAUUUUUGAAGAUGCAGAUCGGUUCUUCACUCCCUUUGCAAAUCCCUUUUCCUCUUGUACCGUACUCUUUUCUCUCGAUUUCUCGUUCUCUUCGCCACAUACAUGCAGUGAUUGUGUUUUUGUUUUUUGUGUCUUCUCUAUAAUUAAUCUCAUUAAUGCCGUAGCGUGUAACUUAACUUAAAUGCAGUAAAAUAUGCUGUCGCUUAGAUCUGCCAAGAAACACAUAUAGGAAAGCUAACAUCGCACCAUAUCUCUCACUCCUCGUCGCGUUAUGUUUCUUUCUAUUGCGUGUUGUUUUUUUUUUUGUUUAUUUAAA